GCGUCUUACAUAUUUUUACGUUAUCUCGAGCACAAAUAUAAGAUAUAUCUGUAUAUAUAUUUUCAUCUUUUAUCUCAAAUUUGGUAUAUAAAUACAGCUUGCGAGCUAUCAGUCGAUAUCCAGUAGAAUCGUGAGUACAAGCGGUUUUAAAAAAAAAUAAAUCCAGAAAAUGAAAUCAAUCGUUUUAUUACUGGCAUUUGCCGGUGUCGCAGUUAGUAAAGAUAUUUUUGCAGCUGUAAAGGUAAUCUCAGACAACCCUACUGUCCAUGUCAAUGGAGUCCUUAGACUUGAACAAAGGGGUUAUGGGCCCGUAAGGUUGACUGGAACAAUUACUGGACUCACUCCGGGAAAACAUGGGUUCCAUGUUCAUGAGACAGGAAAUAUUACCUAUGGUUGCAUGAGCGCUGGUGGACACUACAAUCCUACAAAUCGAAGACAUGGAGCACCAACAGAUUUUGAAAGACAUGUUGGGGAUCUUGGAAAUAUUGUAGCUAACGCUUAUGGUGUUGCUAAAAUAUAUAUUGUUGAUAGAGUGAUUUCUCUAACUGGACCAUAUAGUAUCCUUGGACGUGCUAUUGUUGUUCAUUCGGGUGAAGAUGAUCUCGGCAGAGGAGGAAACGAGGGAUCAUUAAUAAACGGAAAUUCUGGAAAACCUGUAGGCUGUGGAGUUAUUGGAAUUGCAGCAGGCCCUUAAGCAAAAAAAUCAUUUACAAAAAUUAUUUUUCGUAAAAUUUUUGUGGAAUGAAAUCCCAUUGAUAAAUAAAUCUAUCAAUCAACAAAUA